AUGGCUUCCAUUGAAAGUAACAAUCAAGAGGGUUUUCAUGCGGCAGUAUCAGAUUCAAUUACUGAGCCCCACCAAAACUUUCUGCAAAAGCACGCUUACUUCUUCGACAGGAACCAAGACGGCGUCUUCUACUCCUGGGAGACUUUCCGAGGGCUUCGUGCAAUUGCUUGCGGCAUCUUCUUGUCUUCUGCAUUUUCACUUUUCCUCCAUUUGGCUCUCAGUCAGAAAACUCGCCCCCGGGCAUCUUAUUGAUGAAUGGUGCGGGGAAAAUGUCCUUCUCUGUUUUUACCAAUUGGAGUUAGAAAUGUCCAAGGAGGCAAACAUGGGAGCGACUCCGGUGUUUAUGAUUCUCAAAGAAGGUUCGUGUGCGUUUUUUUUGAGAUGUUCUCUUCCCUUGCUUGUAAUCACCCAAAUGCUUUAACAUCGGAUGAAGUGUCGGCCAUGUUCAAGGCAAACAAAGAUCCUAAGGAUUACUGUGGAUGGGUUGGUAGCUAUGUAGAGUGGACACUUCUGCAUUAUCUGUGCAAAGACAAGAAUGGUUUGCUACGCAAAGAAACAGUGAGAGUUGUUUAUGAUGGUACCUUGUUUCAUCAAAUGAAAAAGGACCACUCUUCCAACACUACCCUCUAA